CACGUGGAGCACAUGAAAGGGGAGCGGCGCGGCGGGGCGGGGCGGCGCCGCGGCGAGGGACGGGAGCGCGGGCGGCGGCUGCCAUGGGGCUCUGAGGCGCGGCGGUGCCCGGCCCCGGAGCUGGAGCCGCUGGGGAGCGAUGCGCGGCGGCGGCGGGGCGCCGCUCCCCCCCGCCGCGCGAUGAGGGGCCGCGGGGCCGGCGCGGGGCCGGCCGUGCCGCCGCCGCUGGUGCUGCUGGGGCUGCUGCUGGCCGCGGCGCCGGGCGCGGCGCUGGGCAAGGAGACGGCGUUCGUGGAGGUGGUGCUCUUCGAGUCCAGCCCCAGCGGCGACUACACCACCUACACCACGGGGCUGCAGGGCCGCUUCUCCCGCGCGGGGGCCACGCUGAGCGCCGAGGGCGAGAUCGUGCAGAGAAUAAGCCGUACUAUGAAUGUUCACAGAAAGAAGCAGAGCUGGUAUAGAGUGUUUCAAUUCCCAAAGAAGUUCUUCUCUGGGGUACUCGGUAUAUCGAAGACAUGAUAACAAAUAUCCAGAUGCAUCCACUUGGACUGUGUAAUAGCAACGAUGAAGAAGACCUAUAUGAAUACGGCUGGGUAGGAGUGGUGAAGCUGGAACAGCCAGAGUUGGAACCUAAACCAUGCCUCACAGUACUAGGAAAGGCAAAACGAGCAGUGCAGCGAGGAGCCACAGCAGUCAUCUUUGAUGUUUCUGAAAACCCAGAUGCCAUUGAUCAGCUGAACCAGGGCUCAGAAGACCCCCUGAAGAGACCGGUGGUGUACGUGAAAGGUGCUGAUGCUGUUAAGCUAAUGAACAUAGUUAACAAGCAGAAAGUGGCACGAGCAAGGAUUCAGCAUCGCGCCCCACGGCAACCCACCGAGUACUUUGAUAUGGGAAUUUUCCUGGCCUUUUUUGUGGUUGUGUCUCUUGUUUGCCUCAUUCUUCUUGUCAAGAUCAAACUGAAACAGCGACGUAGUCAGAAUUCUAUGAACAGGCUUGCAGUGCAAGCAUUGGAAAAAAUGGAAACCAGGAAGUUUAAGUCCAAAAGUAAGGGACACCGGGAAGGUAGCUGUGGAGCACUGGACACAUUGAGUAGCAGCUCUACCUCUGACUGUGCCAUCUGCUUGGAGAAGUACAUUGAUGGGGAGGAGCUGCGUGUCAUUCCUUGCACUCACCGAUUUCACAAGAAAUGCGUGGAUCCGUGGCUACUACAGCAUCAUACCUGCCCUCACUGCCGCCAUAACAUUAUAGAACAGAAGAAGGGAAGCGCAGGUCCAGUCUGCCUGGAACCCACCCACCCAGCACGCAGCCGGCAGCAGAGGGUGAUUCUGCCUGUACAUUACCCAGGCCGAGUGCACAGAGCAAACCAGAUUACAGCAUAUCCCACCCGUACAAGCAUGGACCCUCAUGGAAACCCUAUCACGGUACUUACAGUUGACCGGCACGGUGAACAGAGCCUCUACCCAGCCCAGUCCUCAGCCUAUAUCCGAAGUUAUCAGCCAAUUCGUUUGGACCAUGCUUUAAAUACACAUCACUGUAGCCUGGAACAUAGCGCUUACUCUCCAGCUCACACCUUCCGAAGACCUAAAUUCAGUGGACGCAACUUUUCCAAAGCAGCGUGCUUUUCCCAGUAUGAGACCAUGUAUCAGCACUACUACUUCCAAGGCCUUAGUUACCCUGAGCAAGAUGGACAGCCUCCAGCUGGCGUUUCCUCAAAGGGUCCCUCCCGUGCCUUCCAGCCUGGUAGCAGCAUGCUUUUCCCUCCUGUGGUACAUGUAGUGCCCUCGUCCCGUUUGGAGAGUGGCAGUACCUCCAGCUUUAGCUGCUAUCAUGGUCAUCGUUCAGUGUGCAGUGGAUAUUUGGCUGACUGCCCUGGGAGUGACAGCAGCAGCAGCAGUUCUGGUCAGUGCCACUGCUCCUCUAGUGAUUCUAUGGUUGACUGCACUGAGGUCAGCAACCAGGGGGUUUAUGGGAGCUGCUCCACCUUCCGCAGCUCUUUGAGCAGUGACUAUGACCCUUACAUUUACCGCAGUAAGAGCCCUUGCCGAGCGGGUGAGGUCGGUGGUGCAAACAGGGGUGCAAUUGUUCUCUUGGAGGGCCCCUGUCAGGACGAGCUUCCAGCUCAUGGUCACAGCGUGGUGGGUGCUGACUGCCGGCCUGUGCCAGCUUCUUCCUCAGGGGACCAACUGUCUAAUUGCAGCAUGGAUAUGAACUAUAGCAGUAAUUCCUCGCUAGAGCACAGGGAUCCAAAUGGCACUACCUCAGAGGGAGGACCUGAGGCCACUCCUGGUGCUGCCUUGGAUGUUAAAAGGAACUGGAAGAAUCCAGAGUUAGCAGGGCCACUUAUGGAGCAAGCAUGCACCUGCUGCUUUGAACUCCAGCACUCUGCCCUGGAGCCUAGCAAUGGGGCAGCUGACUGCAGUGCACUCUUCCUUAGCUCUCCGCUGUGGGGAGCAUGUGGCCCGGGGAUGGAGCCACAGUCAGGGAGCACGCAGGGCUUGUACAGUAUUAACUCAGACCACUUGCAUAGGACAGAUGGGGUAAAAUAUGAGGGGUUGCCCUGCUGCUUCUAUGAAGAGAAACAGGUAGCCUGUAGUAGCAACAGUGGCAGUGGAGGCGGUGGCUGCUAUACAGAAGACUAUGCAGUGAAUGUGCAGUACACACUUCCUGAUGAGCCCUUGCCAAGCUGCUGUAAGGGUGUAUGUGAUCUGGGUCAGCGCAUUCCCAUCAUUCCUGAAGACAGAGACUGUGAGCUGAUCCUACCUACAGAGUGCCAAGGGACCUACACAGGAGGCUGUAGUUCCUGGGAUGGGACGCCUGAGCUAGAUACUUAUCUGCACUGCCAGGGUUUAGGAGAGGUACAGGACGAGAGGGAGGUGUGUUAUGAGGCAUCGUCUUUCCUGCGGCAGAACUUCUCUCAGGAGGAGGAAGCCAGAAUGCUCUUUCCCAGUCUCACUUUGAACUCCCAGAAGCUGAUGGUGACCACAACGGCCACAGGUGCUGGAUCUCAUCCCUUGGAGAGAAGCCAGAUCAGUGACUAGAUCUGUCCAGACUGCCACAGGUGGAGAAGCGGAGCUUAUCAGAGACUCCACAUUCUCUUGGACUUCAAAAUCUUUUAAGCUUUGACAAACACAAAAGUGGUAAUGUGGAGAAGUCCCUCCCCCACUUUCUGUUCCUCUGCAUCCACAUCAGCCUGAUUGUCUCCUUUCUCCCUCUUGCCUGAAACCUUCAGGCCUCCAUUGGUGUGCAAAGCCCAUGUGGGGCAUGGUGUAGAGCAUCUCUGAGCUCUAGUGCCGUAUCUAUAUUAAUGACAAAGUGUUAUUUAUAUUUUCUUUUUAGAAGUGACCAUGUUAGCUCUUGCUGAGAGGUAACAUGGUGUAUUAAAUAAGCCAGGCUAUGUGUAGAUGCUGUUAUCUCCUACUUAAAGGAGUCCAGCCUUUGAUAAGCUCAGGGCUACACCUGCCUUAGAAACCAGAUAGCACCUUGAAGUAAAGUAGUCCAGAGGGAUACAGCUGCUGAACAGAUGCUCAGAUACUGACUAUUCCUAGUAGCAAAUCCUAGUAGCCAGCAAAUUAUAUGAGAGAUUUGGAGGGAGAUGAAGCAUUGGACUGUAUCCUUCCUUCCCUGCCUCUACCAACCUCCUUUCAUGCUGCUCUGAUGAUUUGGCUAGGAAGGGUCUCCUGCCAUUAUGAUUAGUUUUAACAGAGUGGGGGUAGGGAAACUGGUAGCUCAGAAUGUUCUCAUUCCCACUUCCUGCUAAAGCAUGGACCUCUCUGUACCUUCUGACUGGUGAAGAAUGCUGGGGACCACUCAAGUGGAUAUUAGAAGGAAAUGCUUAGAAAGGGUAAUAGCUUUGUACGUAAUGAAUCUUGCCUUCCAUAGGCAACUUUUCAGGCACUCAUAGCCCUUGUUAUCGUUAUUCCCUGGUGAGAAAUGCUGGCAUAUGCAGGAAAAUGGAGCUCGCAGGGGGCCUAUAGCUUACCUGGCUCUUUUUUGAAAUAGGUCAGGUGGUAGACUGCACACAUGCCUAAUGAAACUAGUGCUUUUCACCUGUUGUGCAUGUGGGAAAGUGAGGACUUGCUUUAGUCAUUGUUUCCUUCUUUGCUGUGGUUGAUGUAGCUUCCAUAGAUCGAUCUGUUUUAAAGGUUUCUUGGGCCCAGCCAGUUGCGCUUCAUUUGUGACUUGCGUACAGAGUGCUUUCUGUAUCCCGUUAGUCUGGGCACAUACUUCUUUUCUUGUUCUUGUACUAGUGGGGACGUUUGUUAUCAUGGGAUAAUGUACGUCGUCACUUCUGAUAGCAAUUGUUUCCUGUGGAAACAGCGGCUUCUGAGUAAGAGGCUACCAUAGCAUGGUUUAAAUUGCCUGUCAUGCUGCAUGUGCCUGAGGACACAGUGUCAUCCUGUCUGGUGUAUUCACAGCAGGAAUUCUCCUAAAGGGAAACUAAUUAGUUAAUACCCACAGUGUCAGUCUUAUGAAAAGAUUUUUCCAAAAAAUUUUCCAAGAAAGUUCAGUACACUUUGAAGAUAUUUAAAAGAUAUUAAGAAGAGAUGUAUACUUCCCAUUACAUCUUCUACAAAAACAAAGUCCUUGAUAGCACUGGACUAAUUGUGAGACCCAGUUAUCUUGUUUGCUUUAUAGUCCCAAAUGAAAUACUUCAAAAGAAUUAAACACCUAAGAAAUAACAACAAAAAAAAGCUGUUUCCUUUUACUUUCAGUACUCAAUAGCUAAGAGAAAUAUAAAACUAUUCAAAGGAACCCACAUUAGAACUUUCUAAAUUAAUUACCACCUCAGCUAUUCUGAGAAUUAAUGCAAGAUAAUACCUGGGUAUAAAAUUAAAAGAAAAAUUACAAUAAACACAUUUUCUGUGUAUAAACCUAAAGAAAAGCUAUUCAUUCACUUAAUGACUAUAGUAAGUGGUAUGUUUUGGGAGAAUAAACCCUAAAGUGUGCGUCCUUUUUUAAAUUUUUUAAUUUUUUUAUUAUUUUUUUUUUUAGUCUUGCAUUACUCCUCCCUCUCCUCAAAAGAAAUGCAUUGUAGAAGCUAUGGUAUAUUACCUUGGUUAUCCUAUUUGGUAUAUUGUGAGGCACUGUCUAAGGCCACUAAGAUGCAUUGUGCUCUAUAACUACACAGCAUGUUGUGGUAAAAUGCAGUUAUAGAAAAGCUAUUUGAAUGUUCUGGCUUAUGAUGUUCCUGGACAUGCUGGUCUCAUUCACAUGUCAUGGAAAUCUCUGCCAGUACAGUAAUCUCUACAGGCCUUACUAUAAAGAUACCCUACACUUGGUUUCUAUGUUUGGUUUUAUAUUCAGUGUUUAGUUAAUUCUCUGCUACCUAUAUGUCCAUACAGACUUAUAGGCCAGCUGGCCUUGAUAGAUGUUUUUAUAACAAAAUGCCUUUCUACUACUUAUAUGAACAGUUGUCAUUGUGUUUGGUUCAUGAGGCACUAUUUAAAAUGUUCUUAAUUAAAGUUAUCUUAUAGCACUUAAAAUUGUUUUGUAUAAAAUUUGCUGUAAAAUUUGUAAUAUGGUCAAAGGGCUCUUUCUCCUUCAUUACCAUUUUUUAAAAUGUUUUAAAAGCUAGAAAACAUCUUGUAUAUAUUCUGUAUAUGUAUAGCAGCACAUUUCAUUUAUGGAAAUAUGUUCUCAGAAUAUUUAUUUACUAAUAUAUUUAUCUUAAGCCAUGUCCUAUGUUGAGAGUGUGUGACAUUAUUGUAAUAAUCAUUGAAAAUCACUAACAUGAGGCCCUGUAAAUACAUGAUAAUUGCACACAAAGAUUUUACAGUACUUGCCGACCAAAAAUGAUUUAAGAAAAGUUGUAGUUACCUGCAGUUUUGUAAGAAAGUGUACAAAUAUCUGUAUUAAAAAAAAAAAAAGCAAAAACACACAAAAAUACAGUUUUAUUGCAUAUA